CUAGUUUGAAUACCGAAAGGCUUUUGGUAGCAUCUUGCUUUCAGUAAUGGACGGUUUGCUAGUGAUUUUGUCAUUAUUUCUGGCUGUUACGGGGGCCACAAGGGUGUCAUAUGAAGGCUAUCGAGUUUUGGAGGUUUUUCCCACAGAAGAUGCUACAGUUCAUUUCCUUCACGAUCUCUAUGAAGAGGAGUACCUAAAUAUUGACUUUUGGUCUGAACCACGUGGGGUGUUCUCUCCUAUUAUCUUCCAUGUGAAUCCAAUACGUUAUGACUGGGUCACAGCACAAUUAGACGCAGAGGGAAUUAAAUAUACAAUCAUCGUGGAGAAUCUUCAGAGCAUGAUUGACGCCGAGACCGAGAGAUUGUCAUCACGUGACCCCACCACACAGGCAAUUGAGGACUUCGCUGAUUAUCACAGAUUUGAUGAGAUGAUGUCUUGGAUAACCAACAUUACGACGUCCAGGUGCGGCGGUAACAGAUGUAGUCUCUUUAAUGUUGGUACUUCCUUUGAAGGUCGUAGCAUCCGUGGUAUAAAGAUCGGAACACCUGGUACAGACAAACGAGCUGUAUGGGUGGAUUGUGGAAUACACGCCAGAGAAUGGAUCGCUCCCGCAACCUGCACCUACUUUAUAUGGAGGUUGAGCCAAGACUAUGAUUCUGACGCAGAGACGAGGCGAUUGGUGGAUACGUACGACUGGUAUAUACAGCCAGUCGUCAACCCUGAUGGAUAUGAAUAUACCUGGGACGUGGAUAGGCUAUGGAGAAAAACCAGAAGUAAUUAUAAUGACAUCCUUGGAUGUAUUGGAACGGAUGGCAACAGAAACUACGAUUCAUUUUGGGGAAGUGAUCUUGGAGGGGCUUCUAAUGACCCGUGUUCGAACACUUAUCACGGCCCUUCAGUGUUUUCAGAGCCAGAGUGUGCGGCACAACGAGACUUUAUGACACCUUUAAGGGAUAGUUUCAUAGCCUUAUGGACGAUGCAUUCACGGGGCCAAUGGAUGCUUCACCCAUGGGGGAACUACGAUAUCCCAGAGAAUGAAGCAGAGUUGGAUCAAGUUGGACAAGCUAUUGUUGAUGCCAUAUUUGAGGUACAUGGGGUGACCUACAUUCACGGCCAAUCUGCUGUUCUUUUGUACCCAACCCAGGGAUCCUCGAACGACUGGGCCUAUGCCCCAAGAGGGCACGAAGGUGGUGACGGACUUGGCAUCGAGUAUGCCUACACGCCAGAACUGCGCCCUGAUCCCAAUGGCGAAGAUGCCUGGUUAUUGCCUCCAGAGCAGAUCAGACCGGUGGGAGAGGAGUGCUGGGCUGGACUGAAGGCAAUGGUGCGAGAGAUCGAAUCAAUUGGACUCCCUCCAUAAUGUCAAACUAAUUAUAGUCAGUAAACAAAGAUUGUUGAAUACCUUUUAUGAUUCAAAUAGUCUGUUUUCUGCAUUUUAUUUACAUAUAAAAUAAAAUAUGAUGAAUGUAUUUUUAAUGUUCAUAAAAGUAUUAUUGGAACAAAAUAUACAUGAUGAA